AUGGAAAAGACUCAAGUUCUGUUGGUGGGCGCCGCUGGUGAAACGGGCGGUUCAAUCGCCAACGGUCUGGUUCAAGAUGGCUCCUUCGAAGUUCACGCCCUUGUCCGUCCCGCUUCCGUACACAAGCCCGCCGUCAUCAAAUUGCAAGAACGAGGCAUUCACAUCCGCAAAGGUGACCUGAAGCAGCCCGAAGAGCAGCUGAUUGAGUUACUCGCCGAAAUCGAUGUCGUCAUUAGCUGCGUCGGCCCCGCCGAGCAGCAGGAUCAGAUUCCCCUUGCAAAAGCUGCAAAGAAGUGUGGCGUGAAGCGGUUCAUUCCCUGUGGUUUCAUUACUGUCGCUCCGCCGGGUGGAGUCAUGUGGCUGCGCGAUGAGAAAGAAAUUGUCUACAACCAGAUUCGCCAGCUGUGGCUUCCUUACACAAUCGUGGAUGUCGGCUGGUGGUAUCAGCUCUCCUACCCGCGUCUGCCCUCCGGCCGCGUUGACUAUGCUAUGACCUCUGGUAACGAUGAGAUCAUCGGCAAUGGCAAUAAACCCACCGCGUUGACCGACCUGCGCGAUAUUGGCCAUUACAUGGCUCUUAUCAUCAAGGACCCUCGCACUCUGAACAAGAAGAUUCUCGCCUACAACCAGGUCUCGACUCAAAAUGAGAUCUACAAUCUGAUGGAGGAAGUCAGCGAGGAGAAAAUCGAUCGCAAUUAUGUCUCCGAAGAAACCAUCUGUAGCCGUGUCCUCGCGGCCCGACAGGCAAGCGAGACGUACCCAUUCGACCCGAUCAAGUUUGUUCCUCGUUACCUGGCCGAGUAUCAAUACUCCUGGGGUAUUCGCGGCGACAAUGAUCCCGAGUACGCUCGCUACCUCGGCUACUAUCUGACUCCGGAGCUCUACCCCGAUUUCAAGCCAUGCGACUUCCGUCAAUAUCUGGAGUCGGUUGUGCGCGGAACCGCCAAGGGUGUCUACACGGAUCGCAUUGUCUCUCGCAAGCAUCAGCGCCACUUCCCUCGAACCGAGUCCAGCGAUUCCCUUUACGCUCGCAUCUUUCCUCGCACCGAAUCCAGCGACUCGCUCAUGUCACGCUAA